CUUGUUCAACUGAGUUCAUUCAUACAUGUCCAACUUAAUAUGUAUUUUACUGCUUGACUGUUCCCUUUGAGAUCAUAUUACUGGUAGAGAAUUUGAAGAAAAACCGGUGUCUACACUAGGAAAUCUUAUGCAGAAGCGAUUCUAAAGAUUUUAAUUUAAACUUUAAUAGUAUUUUUUGGCCUGCUUUAAUCCACAAAGGAUUACUACAAUAUGACCGAUCUCAUCAACUACAGAAAAAAACUUGUUUUCGGGUGGACACCUAAUGGUAAAGCAUUAUCGCCGAACACAUACAUAUAGAAAUUCAGCUUACGAUAAUAACAACUACGACUUGAUAUGGAAACUCUAUUACAAGAAAAUUUGGUGUAGCAUACCAGCCCUACCCUAAAUUCCCCGAAAACACAGUCACAUCACAUAUAGAACAUUUUUGUACUAAAUUUACUUUUCCUUCAAGACAUCACGACCAGUCAACAUGCCAGAACAACUUGUGCUCCGUGCAACUCUCGAAGGUCACUCUGGAUGGGUUACUUCCCUCUCCACUGCCCCUGAGAACCCUGAUAUUCUUCUUUCCGGUUCUCGUGACAAGUCCAUCAUCUUGUGGAACUUGGUCCGUGAUGAUAUGAACUAUGGUAUCGCCCAGAGACGUUUGACCGGCCACAGUCACUUCGUUUCCGACUGUGCUCUUUCCUUCGACAGUCACUAUGCCUUGUCUGCCUCCUGGGAUAAGACCAUCCGUUUGUGGGAUCUUGAAAAGGGUGAAUGCACCCACCAAUUCGUUGGUCACAACAGUGAUGUCUUGUCCGUUUCCAUCUCCCCUGACAACCGCCAGGUUGUUUCUGGUUCUCGUGACAAGACCAUCAAGAUCUGGAACAUCAUUGGUAACUGCAAGUACACCAUCACCGACGGUGGUCAUUCUGACUGGGUUUCUUGCGUUCGCUUCUCUCCUAACCCUGAUAACCUCACCUUCGUCUCUGCUGGUUGGGACAAGGCUGUUAAGGUUUGGGACUUGGAGUCUUUCUCUCUCCGUACUUCUCACUACGGCCAUACCGGCUAUGUUUCUGCCGUCACUAUCUCCCCUGAUGGCUCUCUUUGCGCCUCCGGUGGUAGAGACGGUACUUUGAUGCUCUGGGAUCUUAACGAGUCCACUCACCUCUACUCUUUGGAAGCUAAGGCUAACAUCAAUGCUCUUGUCUUCUCUCCCAACCGCUACUGGCUUUGCGCUGCUACUGGCUCUUCUAUCCGUAUCUUCGAUUUGGAAACUCAAGAGAAGGUUGAUGAACUUACUGUCGACUUCGUUGGCGUCGGUAAGAAGAGCUCUGAGCCCGAGUGUGUUUCUCUUACCUGGUCCCCUGAUGGCCAAACUUUGUUCUCUGGCUGGACCGACAAUGUUAUUCGUGUUUGGCAAGUUACCAAGUAAAAAUAAGAUCCUAAUUGUUGUCCCAUUUGGCGAAAAUAAAUAAUGUUAGUGGUUAUAGGAAGGAUCAUUUUAAGUAUGAAUCGAUUUAGAUUCCACCAUUUAUAUAUUUAGCGGUUUGUUUUUGGUUUUAAAAAAGUAUUGUCUGUGUUUCAUGUAAAUUUCUUUGGUGCUUGCAAGUAGAUGCGGAACAAGUAUGGGGAA